AUGAAAGAUCUCGUCAGAUCGGAAAUUAAAGAGAGCAUCAGAUCAGAAAAUAAAGAACUCAUAAGGUCAGAAAUUAAAGAACUUGUUAGAUCAGAAGUGCAAGAAGUCAUCAGGUCACAAGUUAAAGAACUAUCGGGUGAAGGUAAGCAAAUGAUUGAGUCAAAAAUCGCAAGCGCCACAAAUGAAAUAAAGAACGAAGUUACCCAAAAUUCUAAAAAGUUAAAGAAACUCUCUCUAGAGCAGGACAAAACUGACAUAGAAAUAGAAAACUUGAAGAAAAAUAUUGCAAGUAUAGAAUCUGAAUGCGUUAUAUUAAAAGAAGAAAUACAGGAGCUGAGAGUAUUGGAACAAACUUCCAAUACCAAUGCUAACAACACUAAGAGUAGUGAAAACAGUAACACUGAGAGUGAUGAAAAAAAUAGCACUAACAGUGGUGAAAACAAUAACACUAAGAGUGGUGAAAACAAUAACACUAAGGGUGGUGAAAAGAAUAAAACUAAGAGUGGUGAAAACAAUAAAAUGAAGAGUGGUGAAAACCACACUAAGAGUGGUGAAAACAACACUAAGAGUAGUGAUACAAAAAUUGUACUAUAUGGCUUAAACGAGAAUUUCUAUGAAACUGGUGUUGAAUUACACAGCAGAAUAAUAAACAUUUUCCAAAAUUACGCUGGCAUCAACCUGAACGGUUACGUCGAUGAGAUCUAUAGGAUCGGGAAGCAAGGGAAGCAAGGACAGCGCCGGCCUGUAGUAAUAGAACUGCUGACCAAAAGGACACAACAAUAUGUAAUGCAACAUUGCAAGCUGUUUAAAAACACUGGAAUGUGCAUAACAAAAUUUCAAGACAAAGAAACUGUUCCCGAAAAUUAA